GAGCGGUACAACAAGACUCAGUUUGCUUUAGGAAGUCGAAACAGACAGACUGAAAUAAAAUAGCAGACAUAUUCUGACUGAGACUGUUUCACAGCGCUGGGAAAUCACUUUUUAUCAGAAGAGAUCUCUGACCUUGAGAAGAUAAUCUCUCAUUUGGAGAAGGUGUGCCACUAACAACAGAUAAAGGACACACACUGUAAUCAGGUCUUUUACUAUUAUUAUAUGUUUUUUUACAACUUCGGACAGCUGUUUCAUUGUCUGAAGAUGCGUUCCUCUGUGCGUUUUGUCUUUUUAUCCAUGUGCGUAAUGAACGCGGCACUGUCCACUCCAUUUGAAUCAGAGGAUGUUUUACCUGUUCGGAUAAAAGCAAGAACGAGUGGCCGCUUUCGGAAAAGAAGCGAGGAGCAGCCAAGGUUUGUCCUCAGCGUAUUUGGCAAGGACAUGACUCUAAAUCUUGUACCGGACACCAGCUUCAUGGCUCCGUCUUUCACUGUCCAGCGGAUCAAGGCCAGUGAUGCUGGCGCUUUACGCAGCGCCACAGGUGCUAAAGCUGGGCUGGUGUCAGAUCCUCAGGUGUUCAUGAACCAGACAGAGGACAGCGAAGGACACCUGAGGAGCUGCUUCUACUCUGGGAACGUGGACCACGAUCAGAACUCGGUGGUGGCUGUCAGUUUGUGCUCUGGCAUCUUCGGCUCCUUCAUCACGAAGGGGAAAGAGUAUUUAAUUGAGCCCAAACUCAGCGGUAGCUUGGGGCCAGACUCUGCCGAGCAGCUGCAUGUCAUAAAGAGGAAGACACUCGCCAAAAGCCACGGGGCUUCCCUCCUGUUUGAUCACGCGGCGCUUGAGCGCCGAGUGGAGCAGGGCGACGGGGAAAGUUUUACGCACAGCGACAGUGACGCACACGGGGAACCUCGCCGGAGACGCUUUGUUUCCGCGCCACGGUUCAUAGAGACCCUGGUGGUAGCUGACUCAACCAUGACCCACUUCUAUGGAGAUGAAAUAAAGCACUACAUUCUGACCUUGAUGUCCAUGGCAGCCCAGCUGUACAAGCACCCCAGCAUUAAGAACUCCGUUAACAUGGUGGUCGUCAAGAUGCUGGUCGUGGAGGACGAGGAGGUCGGCCCUGAGGUCUCAAGCAACGGAGGUGUGGCUCUAAGAAAUUUUUGCUCCUGGCAGCAAAUCUUCAAUCCACCAAGCCAGAGACACCCAGAGCACUAUGACACCGCCAUGCUCUUCACUAGAGAGGACAUCUGCGGACAAAAGAGCUGCGACACACUGGGUGUGGCCGAUGUCGGGACUAUGUGUGAUCCCAAGAGAAGCUGCUCCGUGAUUGAGGACAACGGCCUGCAGGCUGCCUUCACAGCUGCACAUGAGCUUGGUCACGUGCUGAGUAUGUCCCACGAUGACUCUAAGAACUGUAAGAGGCAGUUUGGAGAGCUGGGAGGACAUUACCUGAUGGCGCCGCUGUUUGUCAGCCUCAAUAUGACGGCGCCCUGGUCCCCUUGCAGUGCUCUCUCCAUCACCGAGUUCUUUGACAAUGGAUAUGGAGACUGCCUGCUGGACGUUCCAGAGAGUACCAUGCCUUUACCAAGUGAGCUGCCAGGCAUCAAGUACAGUCUGGACCAACAAUGCCAGCAGAUAUUUGGAGAGGAGUUCAUCCACUGUCCCAACACCUCGGACAGUGACGUCUGCAGCCAGCUUUGGUGCCAGGAGGACGGGACCUCACAGUGCAUCACCAAGAACGGCAGCAUGCCCUGGGCUGACGGCACCGCCUGUAGCUUCAACCAGACCUGUCUCCGAGGAGCAUGCAUGUCGACCCACGAGGUGAUGCAGCCACUGGUGGUUGUGGACGGCGGCUGGAGCUUGUGGGGACCGUGGCAGCAGUGCUCCAGAACAUGUGGAGGAGGGGUAGAGUUCUCCUAUAGGGAGUGUACUGACCCGAUACCACAGAACGGAGGGAAGUACUGCGAAGGACAGAGGGUCAAGUAUCAGUCCUGCAACACGCAGUCCUGUGACGACAGCGAUGGGAAGAGUUUCAGAGAGGAGCAGUGUGAGCAGCACAACAGUGUGGAGUUCAAUGGGAACAUGAAGCAGUGGAUACCAAAGUAUGCUGGCGUUUCUCCCAGAGACAGAUGUAAACUGGUCUGCAGGGCCAAAGGCAGCAGUGAAUUUAAGGUGUUUGAACACAAGGUGAUUGAUGGGACGACCUGUGGCCCUGAUACCACCUCAGUGUGUGUCCAAGGCCAGUGUGUGAAAGCAGGCUGCGACCAGGUGAUAGGAUCCAACAAGAGAGUGGAUAAGUGUGGCAUGUGUGGAGGGAGUGGGCUCACCUGUAGAAAGAUAACUGGCUCGUACAACAAAGCAACCUAUGGAUACAGUGACAUUGUCACAAUUCCCAUUGGCGCUACUAAUAUUGACGUCAAACAGCGGAGCAACAGAGGAAUCAAACAUGACGGGAACUACCUGGCUAUAAAGAAAGAGAAUGGUGGUUUUAUCCUAAAUGGGAACUUUUCUGUAUCCACAGUGGAGCAGGACAUUCCUGUGCUGGGUGCUGUGCUAAAGUACAGUGGCUCCUCCACCACACUUGAGAGGAUCCAAAGCUUCAGGCAACUGAAAGAGUCCAUCACCAUCCAGAUUCUGGCCACUGCAGGUGAUGCCAACCCACCCAAGGUCAAAUACACCUUUUUCAUUCCUAGAGAUGUGAGUUUCGAUAAAUCCAAGGAGAAGAAGGGCUCGUCUUUGCAUAUGAUCCAUCCCUUCAGCGUGCCUGAGUGGGUGUUGGGGGAGUGGUCCGAGUGUUCCAAGAGCUGCGGUUUUGGGUGGUCCAGGAGGAAUGUUGAAUGCCGGGACAGUGCAGGCUUUUUCUCCAGCCAGUGCGACAAAGAUCUGAAACCUGUAGAUAUCAGACCCUGCGGUGACCUGCCAUGUCCCAUAUGGCAGUUGGGACCUUGGUCCACAUGCUCACGAACUUGUGGCCAGGGGGAGCGUCUCCGCAGCGUCUUCUGCAUAGACUACACAGGGAUGACUACUGAUCCGGAGAAGUGCGACCCAAACAAAGUCCCAGAGCCAGUCUCCGUACAGUGUCUCAGCCAGGAGUGCCUAUGAAUAACAUCAUACAGUGAACUUUCCCAUAUUGGUUUGACUGCGCUUACCAACCACGGAUGGAUUACUGAACAACACAUGCCGGGCACAGGCCGAGGGAGCAGGGGACAUAAUGACUACCAGGAGACACAAAAUGACCACAAAAGAUUUAUAGAACAGGGACAAAGACAUCCACAAAGACAACAAGACAUUAAAAAAUGACUACUAAGACUCAAAAUCUGAAGAAAUUUAAAAUGAUUACAGAGAGACUAUGAGAAACAAAAGCUAGACUAAUACUAUAAAGACACACAAAAUGGCUGCAAAGUGAUGCAAGGCCUGUGCCCAGGGACCCAUUGUCCGAUAAUCUUUCCAUGUUGCCAACUGGUUGCAUCAAGUCGCAUCAAAGGCUUUUGCCUGAAUUUUUGCCUUUUGUCUCUUUUUUUCUUUAUUUGACAACCACUAUUGAAACAAUGGAAAUCUACCUCAUGUGAUGCGUGUAUAUAGAUGAAGGUGCUGUGUGUGUGUGUGUGUGUGUGUUUUUUUUCAAGAAUGAGAAGUUUUAUAGUCCUGUUUUAGAUAGAAUCGAACUUCUUGGGAGCGGUUUUGUCAAAUCUGCAGUUUGUUUCAGUCGUUGUACGUUGGGUGUCAUUUGGGGCAUGAAAUCUGCUGUCAACCACCAGCAAAUUAUUCAUACCUCCAGCCGCCCUCUAACGCACUCACUCCCUGUCCAUAUGACUGAGGUAUACGUCUGCUUUCCACAUAGCUCUGUCUGUCAGCGAAUCAGCCAGAAGUGUAUUCAUUCCAAUGGCAACCUCCAUGAUAUCUGAUAUCUGGUAAUAUUUUCAUCUGGACUUUAUAAUUUGUGCAGUUGAUUUUGGUAAACUGUAUGCACUUUUUUAGGCUUACUUCUUGUGGCAAAAGGCCUAUGUGUCUAGUUGCGUAACAGAAAAUUAGCAUAAAAACAAUCCAUCUGGCUUUUUAGUUAAAUUCAGUUGUAUGAUAUUGUUAGUCAAGCCGUAGUUUAAAAAUAUAAACUUGUUCAGACAGUGUGCGAUAUAUCAUUACAUUAACAUAGCACACAUUCAUGUAAUUGUAGAAAUCAAUAGAUGAUGAUAAUAUAAACAAUGCACUUUAACCACAAACCUUAUAGCAAUACAGAUAUUUCACAAAACCACAACGUGAAAAAACAAACACACCAAAUUCUCUUCUUUGGCUGCAGUGGUGACUCUUUCCAUCUGUAAAGACAUGCUUCCAGUGCUUUCAACACAAGGGGGCGGAGUCCGUACAUGAAACGCUAUAACGAAAACUAAACAAAAGUCUGUGGAAAUGCGGCAAUAGUUGAGAGAAUGGCCUCCCGUUUGAUUCCAUAUCGUCUCUGCACACGCACCAAAAUAUGAAAGAGGACGUCAUGUUUCUAUCUGAAAACUCUAGCUUGGACUUUUCCCCCUUUCCCUAUACAUUGCGUUACAAAGCAGUUGUUAAUGCAAAGGAACAAUGGUACUAACAGUUUGCAAUGCAAGAAAUAUUUCUUUGGAGGUGUUAUUACUAAGUUAUUAGCUCAUUAUCUAUCAUGUAUAUAAAAAAUACCAUUGAUUUUAUUCUUUUUCUUUUUCCGUGUGUUACAAUAUCCUAUGCAACCCCUCACAGUUGUAUUCAGACUCUGAUUUGUACAUUUGAUUUUUUUUUUUUCAUUCCUGUUGUUAAUUUACAGUAUGUUAUAAAACUGAUGAAGUAUUAGGCCUAUAUCCCUUCAGUGAAGGACCAUACUUAUUUUAUUAUUAUUACAGCUUCCUUUUUAAGCUAUUUAUUUUUGUAAAGUUUUUACCAUGGACAUGUAAUUGAAAUGGCAACUGCUGCUGAGAUUUUUGUCAUACAAAUGGUCAAAUAAACACAUUUAUGUCAAAA